GAGGGGUGGGCGGGCUUUAGGCCAGCGACCCGGUUUCCGGUUCCGGCGGGCCUUGGUCGGUGCGCCGCUGUGCUACGUGUCCCUGGUACCGGAGGUGUCGGCGGCCAGCAUCAUGGAUCAGGUAAUGCAGUUUGUUGAGCCAAGUCGGCAGUUUGUGAAGGACUCAAUUCGGCUGGUGAAGAGAUGCACCAAACCUGACAGAAAAGAAUUCCAGAAGAUUGCCAUGGCAACAGCAAUAGGAUUUGCUAUAAUGGGAUUUAUUGGCUUUUUUGUGAAAUUGAUCCAUAUCCCUAUUAAUAACAUCAUUGUUGGUGGCUGAAAUACCUUUUUAGAGGAGGGUUUUUCAUCUUGGGAUUGCUGAACAAGUGAGGAUUUGCGAAGCUCAUGGAGUAAAAGUUUGCCUACAUA